GAUCUCGCGCGAGUCGUUGUGUGGCCGCGCGGUGAGAAGCAGCAGCAGCAGCAGGCGGCGGCGGCGUUGGAGUGCGAGAGGCGAGCGAGGCUUGGUGGCGGUAGUAGUAGUAGUGGGGGGUUGGUUUGGCUUUACCUUUGGUUUAGAGCUUUAAAAGACUUUUAACGUUUUCUAAAAUUAUAAUAAAAAAUUUCAACGUGAAUAUUCUCCAACAACGAUUAAUCCCGACGCUUCUUUGGGAUGCCCAUCAUGAUGGAGCGAGGCUCCGAGAGCGUUCGGGGAGGGGGUCGUGCGAGUGGCACCAAGAGCCCGUCCGGUGCGGCGGCGGCGGCGGCAGCGGCGGCGGCUGCGAACGGCCACCACUCGGAAGAGAGCAGCUCCAGUGAGGACGAACGCGCGGGAGGUGGCAUUCGGGUGGGUUCGAGCUACCAGGUCGUCAUUCCUCCGUUCAACCCGGGUGCGAUGCAAUGCGAGGCGGCGGAGCGCGAGAGGGAGCGGGAGCACGCCGGGAUGCUUGUGUGGUCGCCCAACCAUAACAUCCCCGAGCCAAGACUGGAUGAAUACAUCGCCAUUGCCAAGGAGAAGUAUGGAUACAACAUGGAGCAGGCUCUGGGGAUGCUGUUCUGGCACAAGCACAACAUCGAGAAGUCGCUCGCGGACCUGCCCAACUUCACGCCCUUCCCGGACGAGUGGACGGUGGAGGACAAGGUGCUGUUUGAGCAGGCGUUCAGUUUCCACGGGAAGAGCUUCCACCGCAUCCAGCAGAUGCUGCCUGACAAGUCGAUCGGCAGCCUGGUGCGGUACUACUACGCGUGGAAAAAGACGCGCACGCGCACCAGUGUGAUGGACCGCCAGGCACGCAAGCUGGCCGGCAAGCGUGAGCACGAUGAGAGUGACGAGUCCGAUGAUGGGAAUCGUGCCGAGGGGCGCGAGGGAGACGCGGAGGCGAAGAAAGAGCCUAAGAAGGAGGUUGUACAGGUGGACGGGCGAGUCGUCGGUCAGCCGCCCCCCAAGCCGAUGGAGCCUCCGGUGCAGCAACCGAGCCGGGCGGGCCCCAUCCGCCGUGAGGGUCAGGGUCCUCAGCACCGGCACCACAUGCUGCGCAACAAACGCCGGCCCCCUCGCGGGAUGUUCCUCAGCUGGGACGACCUGGUGGUGGUAUCGGCCUGCCCAACGGCCGCCAGCACUGUCCUGCGGCAGCUUGACAUGGAGAUAGUCUCCCUCAAGAGACAGGUGCAGAGCGCGAAGCAGCAGAGUGGAUCUCUGAAGCAGAUGCUGGAUGGGGGGAUCUCAGCUUUUCGACCAACUGAGAGUAAUCCACGAGUGAGCGUCCGUUGGUCAACUGAGGAGCAGCUCCUGGCUGUGCAGGGCAUUCGCCGCUACGGCCGGGAUUUCCAAGCGAUUGCGGACGUGCUGGGCACCAAGACCGUGGCACAGAUCCGCAACUUCUUCGUCAGCUACCGUCGCCGCUUUAACCUGGAGGAGGUGCUGCAGGAGUGGGAGGCGGAGCAGGGAGUCACGGGUGGGGGAGCGGGUGUUGGCGGGACCAGCGGUGGCGGCGGUGUAGCCUCGGGCGAUGGCGACAGCAGCUGCAAGAGCUCCUCCAACGCAUCGUCCGGCAAAAACUCUGAUGAUGAGAAUGACGAGGUGCAGCCCAUGGACGUGAGCCACGCAGCUGCGGCGGUGACGACAGAGCACCCGGGCUCGGGCUCCCUAUUGCACCCUCCACCCCCACUCCUGCGGCCACCGCUGCCCUCGUCCGCGCCCCCGCUGCACCGCCAGCCGCCCCCGCUGCAGCCCCAGCGCCCCGGCCCCGGCGCCGUGCUGGCGCGCCCGGCCACGCAACCGCCCCCGUUGAUCCGGCCCGCGCCAGGUGCUCCCCCGCGUCUCAACCCGCGACCACCGGGCUCGGCGCUUGCGCAGCUCCCGUCGCUCGUGCAGGGCGGUGGCGGUGUUGGUGGCGGCAGCACCAGCGACGCAGGGACCCCAUCCUCGCAUUGAAGAAUGGCGCUUACUACCCCCCCCCCCCCCCGUCUUCCUACUCGCCAACUCUUCCCUGUUGUCCACCACUUUUUAUUUUUCUAACGCCACCACAAGUACUCGCCCGCUUCCUGAUACGGGUGCACCACAGGGAAACAAACGGCAGUGGGUUAAUCGCUGCGUUUCGCUUGGCCAGGUUUUUCUCAAUAAGAUGACGCUAAAGAUGCGUGACCACCUGCUUUAGACGGUGGCACUCAUCCGCAGUCGGCAUGCGCUAGUUUACAUCUUGUUGGUCAUUGGCAGUCGAGCUUGCAGCUGUGCUGUAAUCUGCCCGCAUGUGCGAGCGCGUUAAGAUCGGAGAAGAGCCCUUGCGUUUAUUUCAAAGAAUGGGAAAACAAAUGGCGGUGCAGUAAAUGCGAGCGUCGGUACGUGAUAAUUGUACCAUCCUCACCCCUUUGAUCCGGCCACCACCCCACAGCCAUGUCAAGCAAGAGCCAAAAAGUUCCAACCGUUUCCAAAGAAAUAGCCAAUCGUGUGACCUUUGAUCCGAGGUGUUGCCCUGCGACUCGUUGCGCCUUGACUUUGUGACGAGACGAGUAUCAGUCGGCAGAUACCGUGUCCUCCCCCUUGCUUCCAACAUUUGUGGUGUCGCUCGGUGCAUUUGCUGUGCUUGCUUACGGUCUGGUGCUACUCUUGAAAAUAGAAAAAAAAAUUAGAACAAAGAGAUUAUUAAAGACACACUAAAACGUGUGCGUGUGGUAUCUAUGGUCAUAAUGCAUUAUGACUCCCCCAUUUGCAUGUGCACUGGACCUGCGCACAUUGUUUCCUUUAAUUCUCAAUGAUGGCAUGUGCAGUGAAGAAGAGUUGACACUUUUUUUUCUCCAUGUAUAGUGAUGGAAUUGCAUUAACAGAGUGUUGCUGGAGCUGGUUUUUAGUUGUACAGGAUACAAAAAGCUUGUUUUUAGGCUCCGAAAGACUGAACUGGGCCGAAGUUUGGGUUUUCCUUGGGUGACGUCCGCUAACCCUGAGCCUGGCAGUCCAUGGGCCAGUUGCAGAAAUUAGUGGCACUUGAAGUGGGGAAACCCUUAAUCUAUUCUAAACUUGGGGCAGAGCAUUACAAACUGUUGUAUGAUACGUUGAACUUAUUUUGCACCGUACGUAGCCAACCGUGCUGAUCGGAGGUUGUAGAGUUUGACCCACGGAAGGAGAGAAUUUCUUUUGAGAAUCCUUCAGCUAGCGUUUUUGUUUAUCCACGAGAGUGUGCACGUUAAAAUGCUCGAUUGCAGAGAAAUGUUCAGUCAUGUGGCAGUUGAAAUAAGCUCAGUUGAAACCACUUCACUACCUUGGUCCCAAUUUAUUUUUAUGGCUGUAAAAAAAAAGUUUUCAAUUUUCACAGAUUUUUAAAAAAAUCUUUAGUACUAAAUGGUGGUACUGACAAGUCAAAUACUUGGUCUGGGCCCUUGAACACCAGACCAGAUUGGCUGCCCAAAACAGGAUUGAGGACAAAUGUAGAAUGAGGUGGUCCUGUGAAUACCAAACCAAGCGUCACUGAGUCAUGGUCAAUUGGAGGAAAGCUUCAGUGGCAACAUCAUGCACCCUGCCUGCAACAUAAUUUUUUUUGCCCAUGCUAAAGUUUAUGAACUGGUGAAAUGAAGUCUGAAAGCGAGACACAUUUAAAAUCAUUAAUUAAAUAUUGGGAAGUUAACGCAGGGUAACAAUUGGAAUGAAAUCAAUGAUCGUGCAUUUAAAAUGGUCAUUCUAGACGGUGCUGUCUGCUAUGUGUUCAGUAUGAGCAUGUUUACAUGCACAAAGUUUAUCUGACCUCAUUGGUUUUGGUGUGGGUAACACGUAAAACACAGAGCAGACUGCCUGCAUUAUCUUUUGGCAAGAGUGAUGGUUAGUGGCAGGUAGGUGGUCUUAUGUAAAUACAGUAAGAAUAAUGUUAAAAUAAUUUAAUGGACUAUAACACGAGAACAGAUAUUUGGAUGAAGUUCUUACAACGUUAACAUUGAGCAGUGCCCGUUUAAUUUGGAUUUGACUUGUUCUAUAGGCUUCCAAUGUGUUUUUUCUUCUGUAUUUGACGAAACAUGUACGUAUAUGACUUGUAGUUAUGUUUCCAGUGUGGUCGUGAUUUUUUUAAAGUUUAUAUCUGUGUACAGUACUGAGGGGUUGUCGAAUGAUUUAAGCAGACACUAUCCAUUUAUUGAGCCCCCCCCACCGUGGUUUGAUAAUUUGUCAUAAAAUCAGCGUCGCUUUUGGUUCCCAACAUUUUUUUACAUUUUUAUAAUUGUAGCGCCUCUAGUGUCUGCGGCAGUCAUGAAAUUAUUACAGCAUCCAUAAUAGUUUUUUUUAGGUUGGAGCGCGUAAAUAUAAAUGUGUCGUUAAACUGGCCACCACCCGACACA